UUGGCACGUUUUUUUCUUUUUCAUUAAGUAGGUGUGGAGUGGACUGCGGAGCGAGAAACAUUAGAAAAAGGAGAAGAUUCAGAAGACGGAAGAGAGAGAGAAAGAUGGAGGAAGCGAAGGGAGUGGUGAAGCAUGUAUUGUUAGCAAAGUUCAAAGAAGGAAUCUCAGAGAAUCAGAUUGAGGAACUCACCAAAGGCUAUGCAAAACUCGUCGAUCUCAUUGAACCCAUGAAGUCCUUCCACUGGGGAAAGGACGUGAGCAUCGAGAACCUGCAUCAAGGUUUCACCCAUAUCUUCGAGUCUACCUUUGAGAGUAUGGAGGGUGUGACGGAGUAUGUAGCUCAUCCUGCCCAUGUUGAUUUUGCAAAUUUGUUCCUUUCCCAUGUGGAGAAAGUCAUUGUGUUCGAUUACAAACCAACUAUGGUUCGUGUCUAAAUUGGAAGGCCUAUCAAAGGUGUCAUAUAUCAUGCUAUUGCUCUGAACGGAACUUAAUUUUCUCUGUAAGAGUUUGAUUUGGCUGUGUUCCUCUGAUUUACAAACACUCUGUAAAAUUCAAUAAUGAGAGAUGAGCUAAUGUUGUUCCACUUCCAAGUCA